GUAUUUAUAAUCAGCGGUUGAGAGUUUGAGAACAAACAAAAUGGCGGAAAGCGUAAGAAUCUCAGAGAACCCUGCAACUGGAGAUCUUUCUUCCUCAAACAAUGGGCAGAUCACAGUAAAUCAAGUCAAAUUCGUCGGAAUAGAAUAUCCAGGUUUUAUAAAAGAUGAAAAUCACAUGCUUGAAACCCUAGGAGGUGAGGAAGCAGUGUCAAGGACUUACUCAAUUCCUACGCGACGAUUAGAAUUGUCAUUUCGUCCUGAAGAUCCUUACGCUCAUUCAUUGUGUGGUGAUCGAUAUGCUACUGCAAACUUACUACUGAGAGUGAAACGGCGAAAGAAAAAGCAACAACGAGGAAACGGUGAGACGGAAGUAGUGAAAUAUGAACAGGAGAUAUUGGGGAUAGUUGGAAAUUCAUUCAAGUAAGUGUAUAUCAACUUGAUAAUGUAUGGUAUACACUUUGCCAAUAUGGGAAAGCGGUGUUAGGAAAACGGAAUCUGGGUUGAAUUUAACUACCAAAUAAUUUGGAUAUGGUGCUGUUAAUCACUUAUUGUUUUGUGAAGAAGAGAUAGUUAAUUCCCUACUGAAUUCUUAAUUACAAGGAUUCCACCGUAGGUACGUUUGACCAAGGUUAAAAUUACCGGGUAAGGAAACACUGAAAGAUUUCUGUAUAACCCUGCCAUACUAUUCUAAAACAGACCUGUAGUCCCAUAGGCUCUUGGGUCUUGUUUUUCUCUUAGGUAUAGGUUUUACAAGUAAUAUUUUCUUAUCACCCUAAUGGUGAAAAUUAUCUCUUGCAUCAUGAAUUUUUAGUAUUAGGCAUGAAGACACUAGUUUCUAUACAAAAAUACUCUAUGUACUUGGUAUUAAUAUUUAUCAACCUUAGGAUACUUUAGUUUCUCAUUUGGUAAGACUUGGUGUGUUAGUGUUCCAUGUUCCACUCCCUCCUUCUUCUUCUUCCUGCCCUGCCACUCCUGUAAAGGGUGAUCUUUGUUGGCAAUUCCAUUGGCCUAGAUAGAGAGAAGGGUGGAUACCUGCCAUCAUAACUGUCUGCCAAAAGACAAUACUUAAGUUUAAUUAUUCCUAUAACCAUAUGGUAAUUCCAAUGACAGACUGUAAAAACUGAUGAACCAUUUUAUAAUACCUUAAAUUUAUCAGUGCUUUCAAUAAGAUUUGAAGUAGGUGGCUAUCUCAGUAAAGCACUCACCAGAGAAUAACAUAAAGCAAUUCAGGAUAAAAUGGCUUCAAAUGGAUUUGUCCAUGUUAAACUUCAGAAAAUGAUCAUUAAAUUUAAUCCCCUUAAUUUGUAACACUUGCUGAACUGAUCAUUUUAUUUCUCAGCAAAAUCUUCCAUUUGUUGACAUGCAAAGCUGCUACUUGAGUUUCACAAAAGUCCUCAGAAAGGACAUUUGGUUACUGGUUACGGAAAUCUGAGUCAGUUUGUUCUUGGAAACUCAAAAUCUUUUUUCUGGAAAUGUGGUAUAUGAUAAGCCAUAUCAAUCAUUUUUAUCAAGACUUGCUUAAAUUAAAGGGGAAAAAGAUCUCAAGGUGUUUCAUGUCUCUUCUUGUGAGUUGUUUGAAAUCUUCCAAAAAGCCACAGAAAGAUCCAGAAUGUUUUUUGUUCUAAAAAUUCAGCUUGAAUGUGGCAAUGUAUACCUGCCAACUCACAACACAACACCUCCCUAAAACUCCUGCUGACUUGGGUCAGUCUUAAGGAAAACCACAUGCUAAUACUGCUUGGCAAUCUAGUUGCUUUUAAUGUGCAACUUUUAGUACUCUUUGGACUACAGAUUAACUCAGCCUCAUGAAAAGGUUCUGAACCACAGUAUAUUAGUAACAUUUGAAAUUCUUAGGUUCAACAGUUGAUUGAUAGGUAUAAUGUUAUACUUGGGUUUGGUGCUGAAAGUUAGUGGUAUAUAAGUUCCACAGAAACAAGCUCUUUUUAUGUUACAUCUAGUACCUGUUUAUUUUUAGGUUUGAAGUUAUGGCUGAUUUUCAAUACCUUGUUCCUGACUUGCCUGAUGUCUUGAAACAAGUCACUGAUGGAGCUGUAUUAAAUCAAGAUGUCCCUUAUCAUUUACAACCUCCAGUGUUUACAAGGUUUGAUCAUCCAAUAAACUACAACUACAAUGCCGAGUCUGCACCACGAGGCAAUAAAACUGAUCAAGGAAAUGAAAAGGAUGAAGAAAGGUAGAGGCAGACAUUUUGUGAUCUUAAUCUUAACCUGAAAAUAUUUCAAGGGAAAUACAAAUAAACUUCAUGGAGGCACGGUGGCCUCAUGGUUAGCGCGCUUGACUCCAGAUUGAGUGGUCUGGGUUCAAGUCCUGGCCAGGGUCAUUGUGUUGUGUUCUUAGGCAAGACACUUAACUCUCACAGUGCUUCUCUUCACCCAAGUGUACAAAUGGGUACCAGCAAAUAUGCUGAGGGUAACCCUGCGAUGGACUAGUAUCCCAUCCACGGGGGAGUAGCAAUACUCCUAGCUGCUUCAUGCUAAUGAAACCGGAGUUAAGUGCCGUGCCCAUGGGCCACUAGGCCUGUAUAAAGGCUUACCUACUUACACAAAUAAACUUGACUUUAAGAAACCCUUUCACCACAAAGAUUGAUAAGUGAUCAGGAAACAACUUCUCCUCACAUUACCAAAAAACUAUAAUGUGACAAGAAUUAAGAAAAAUAUCAAGCAAGGGGGUAUUAUCUUACACAACAACAAAUUCAUUGAACUGGUUUUGUAGGAAAUGAAGGGCAGGUAGUAAGGGGGAAUUACUUUUGAGGCCUGGGGAGUAAAGAUAUUCAAAACAGAUCUAUAAAACUCCUGGUUUCCAGUAAAUAUUCUUGUCUUUGAUUUCGUUUUGUUUGUUUGAUUUUGUUUUGUGCUCUUGUCAAUCACUACUGAAAGUAGCUAGCAUUCUUUAAAAUUGUUAUUACCUGGUUUCCAGCUUGGUUGGAACAAGAGCGAGAAGUAGAAGACCAGUUUAUGCAAUUGCCAUCAAUUUUAAUACCCCUGAAGUUCCCACUGCUGCAAAUCCUAAAGCAGAAGAAAUUGCAAAUCGGCCAAAAGAUGGUCUUGUGGAUGUCACAAAGAAACUGUUUGCCAACAGGCCUAUUUGGUCCCGCUCAGCAUUACAAUGCCACAUAACAAGUGCAUCACAAGAAAGACUAAAACAACUGCUGGCCUGCACAGCUUAUUAUUGGCUUAAUGGACCAUGGAGGACUUUGUGGACGCGAAUUGGAUAUGAUCCACGGAAAGACCCCAGUGCCAAAAUGUAAGUUAAAUUUGCAUAAACAAUUCAGCUGAAUAGUUGUCUCUAGGUGAUGCAGUAAAUUAUGCACACUCAGAUAUUUUCAUGCAGAAAUUUGAAUAUACUAGUAUUUGAAUAUACUAGUAUUUUAUUUGUCAGAGAAGAGCGAAAACAAAAAAGUGCAAACUUAAAGAAUAUAUAUAUAAGAACAAAAAAUGUGAUAAAAAUUUACUACGUCUUCCUUGUUUUUCUUUUUUCAUUCAAUGAUGGGCAGUAGAGUUUGUUUAUCAUUAUUGCACAACAUUUCCAGUGUUGAGAGAUUCCCACAAGAGGGCAACCCAAAAUGGUGGUCUGCACGACAUUCUGGGUUCAAAUGGCAGAUAUCAGUUUCAGUCAAUUUGAACUACCAGUAGUUGCUAACUUCCUGAUAAUCUCAUCAAAUAACAUUUCUCAAGAACAAUUUCAACAAAAGUUUGUUUUAACAAUGAGGAUAGAAAUAUGAAUAUGUUGAACUUCAUAAGUAAGUUUGCAGACUUAUUGAAAAUGUUAUUAAAACUUUAUUUUGUUUUCCAUGUCUAAAAUUUUUGCCUCUAACAGUUAUCAGAUGCUUGAUUUCCGUGUUGGUAGCAGGAAAGGGGCUAAAAAUCUUCCAAUCAAAGCAAAGAGGAGUUUAAGCAAAUAUGUUCUUCCAAAUUUGGUCAGAAGAACUAACAGCGUGCAGGGAACUUUGGCUAAAGAAGUUGUUAUGGUGGACAGUGAGAAAAAAGCAGAGGAGAAGCAAAAUCAAGAACCAGAUUUACCAUAUGUCUUUACUCCUAACAAAAUGCCGAUACAGAAACAGCUGUUUUAUCAAGUAUGUGACCUUCAUGACCCAGAGAUUCAAAGACUCCUCAGCAGAAAUGAUGGCCAGGUAAAUUACUACAAUAUACAUUGUGAUGUCUUUUUCUGCAUUCUAUUUACAUAUUUGGCAUGUGUUCCAUACAUGUAUUAAACUUGGAAAGGAAUGCAUGGUUCUUCAAGUAGAUUUAGGACUGUAAACUAAGAACUGUGUUUGUUGAUGAUAGCACCCCACAGGUAUCUGUAAGGUAGAAGUACAAGCCGUGUUGACACCUUAGUUAUUUUUUCAGGUUUCACUUUCUCAUACUAAUUGUUUCAUGGUAGUUACUUUGUAAGGAGCGAAUCGUCACAAAUUCUCCACUCGUUGAAUAUGGUGUACUUCACUAGUCAUUUUUAUCAUUUGCAAACUAAGAAUUUUAAAGGUUUUAGUCUGAUUCUACUUUGUUCUUACCAGGUUCUUCAGCUGCAAAAAUUCCUUUUAAUUUCAUAAUUAGUUAAAAUUGGCUACUGCAAAAGGUGCAUGUGUGUGUAUUCUUCCGCGUGCGUGUUUUUAAGUGGUAACGUUUGUGAAAAGAUGGUUUUUUUUAUUUGUUCUCUAGGAAGAGGAGUGUCACGAGCGUGAUGGUUGGUGUUUACCAGGCACAAGUGAUCAGAUCAGAUCCAUUCUUUACCAACGGACUACUGAACUAGCUGAGAGACUUAAACAGGAACAGCUGGGGGACGGAACGGAGGCAUCGGCUUCUCAAUUAGAACUCAUAGGAGAGGAGUGGGCAGGACACGAAGGCGUUCAAAACUACUUGCAAAUGCUUGAACAGGACGAUGAUAUUGAGGCGUACGAUAUUUUUGAUGACUAUGGUGAAGGAGACGAUUAAAUGAGAUACGUGACCGUUUAUCAUCUAGAGCAAUCGGAGUUCACUAUGAUCGAUCGGUGUCAUUCUUCUCUAUCGUUGGCCCAUCCUUGGCCCAUCCUUGGCCCAUCCUUGGCCAAUCCUUAAAACUUUUUAGUUUACCUUCCUUUUCGGUGUUUUUGUGUAAAACUACUAAUGUAAGGUUUCAUUCUGAUUAAGAACAAUACUCAGCGCCAGAGGCAACAACCC